AUGGCACCGCCUUCGCCCCGACGCUCCUCGAGAGCGCGAGCCACGAACGUCCCAAGCCAUCAAUCCUCGACUUCCUCAGGCCGCGCCGAGCGCAACCACCGAGCCAACAACAAGACGUCGUCGGGCAAGUCGACACCUAGUGCGUCCUUGUCCUCGGAACCACUGGAAGACUACGAGGACACACUUCUUGGUCGCCGACGCAAGCGCGGCCACGAGGACGAACCGGAGAAGCCACAGCGUCAAGACCAAUUGGACACGGCCCAUGCCAGUGACGAUGGGCAGGACGAAGAAGACGAGGCUGUGCGGUGUAUAUGUGACUCGGAGGACUAUCCCGGGCGUCCACCCGUUGAGGGGCCGGACGCCGACUUUUUCGCAGCGAUUGAGCUGACAGAGGAUGUCACGGGCUUCUUCGUCCAGUGCGACAUUUGUAAAGUGUGGCAGCACGGUGCUUGCGUUGGAAUCUUUAGCGCCGAAGCAUCCCCAGACGAGUAUUUCUGCGAGCAGUGUCGCAAAGAUCUUCACAAAAUCAACACAGCCAUCAAUGGCUACCGUACGCUGCCAGCCACUUGUCCCGACACUGACACAAAUCGCGCGCACAGGCAAAAGUACUCCAAAUAUCUCCCGCUCCAUCGACCACCGCCAGCAUCGCAACCUACCUCUCGAGCGACGUCGGUAAGCAGGGACCGAGGCCAAUCGCCCAAGGGCUCGAAAGAGAAGAAUGGACGACCGACAUCUUCACAACUAGCCGCCAAAAGACGGUCUACUAUGAACAGUCGCGAUGCUGCGUACGAUGACGACCAAUUACGGCGAGCAAUCGAGGCUAGCAGAGAAAACAACUCUGUAGACGGCGACGGACCCUUGAGGCGGACGAAGAGGGGGCGCAGCGAUAGUGAGGACAGAAACGCCCCCAGCGUAAAACGACAACGGACGAACUCGCACUCGCCUUCGCCGCCACCGGAAGAGCGCGAGGAUGCCAGCCGGGGGCAGUCCGAAGACGAGGCUCAAGCAAGGAACGGAGCGAAGAAGACCCGCAACGGCAGACAUCAGAGAACAAAAUCCGAGGUGGAGGACAAGGACCGCCUGCGGCAAGAAGCAGCGAACAAGCGCAGAGGCCGCGCAGAGAGGCGGCGGGGUGACGAUUCAGAUCCAUCAGAGGACCUCCCUCUGGCCCAGGUCAAGGCAGCGCCGCCCCCGGACGAAGAGCCGACGCCUGACGUCGAACCGACCGUACCACCACCGCCUGUGCCAGGCACGCCGCCAGCCACCGUUAAUAACGCGGGCAGCUCACACAAGAAAGGAGCUCGAAGCAAUCACAAAAAGGGCAAAGGCAAGGGGCCUACUGGCAAAGACCUUCAUCAUGAACGAGAAGAUUCGCCGGCACGGUCAGUGCCGCGGGACAUUGCCAAAGCAGCAGACGAUCCACCCGCACCCAAAUCGACGCCGGCGGAGAGCAAGCCAUCUGGCAAGGGGAAGGCUGGGGUCGCACACAAGAUCACAAUGCUAGACAUGAAACGCCGUGUUGGCGCGAUCAUGGACUUUAUCUCGCGGACGCAAGUGGACCUCGCAGCAGAGGGCAGCCUGACAUCGAGCAGCAGCUCGACAAGCGGGCAAGCGUCGCCUCAGAAGACCCCUCUGGAGCCGGUCACCGGCGAGACCAACGGAGGUACGCCGGAGACGACGGGCCAUGACAGGGAUUUCAAGGACCUGGACUGCAUGCAGAUGAUGGACGUUUUGACGCGCGAUAUGGUCAAGUGGCAGAACCAAUAUAAAUGA